UAUCGCGAGAGUGACAUACACGUUUUACAAAAAGCAGUAACGAUCCUUAUAAAGGAGGACAUGCCUCACACAUUCUCUUAAAAAUACACACAGACACAUAUUAUUGUACAGAGUGAUUGUAUUCAUUUUAAUUACAUUCAUCUUUCAAGUCCUCUAUUAUUCUCUCGUCUAAGUGCACAUGUAUUUUGUGUAACAUGUUGCCCUCUUUCGUACUGGAGCGAUCACGAUAAAAAACAACAACUUGAUAAAAAUCUAAUAAUAAUAAUACCCCAAAGGCUACUGGAGUAUGACGAAGCGUCCCAUCUCCAUGACAACGCAAAACAACGAGAAGCAAGCGGAUUUAUAUCACGGCCUGCUGCUAAAAAGAGCUUAUUGAACCUUUUUUGAAUUUGUGUUUUCAUUUACAUCUGUGCUGUGCUUAUAUUAUUAUUAUUACAAGUUGUGCGUGUCUACUGACAACUUCUGACAACCGUGUUUUCCUAAACUUAUCCUCACAAGGUGUCUCAUCCUACAGGGAAUCCCCUCAGCGACAGAAAAUAUGGAAAGCCCUCGUGUUGGUGUGGUGAGAGAGUCUAUGCUGCAUCGUCCUCUUCUUAUUAAGCCUACACUCGGAAAGACCAAGUCAAGAGGUUUGUCCUGCCCAGGAUCUGACUUUGUUUAUGGGACAGCAACUACAGUACAUGAUGGAGGAGUGCCAGAGGCGAUCUCCAACUGGCAAACGCACACUAUGUCUACCAGACACAGGACGGCGGAGAGGGAUUUCAUCGCUCUUAACCGAGAGGGGGUCAAGUCAGGCUUGGUUACUGCCAAAGAGCUGCACCAGUACCGUGCCACCCAUGACAUCCGCCGCCAGCCAGCGACCAGAGAGGCCUUUCGUAGGUCUGCCCCACCGCGCAUAACAACAGAUGCUUCGUUUGGUGUUUCUAACAGACCAUCUACUCCAAUCUCAGAGCUCAUGGAGUAUAAAUAUGCUCAGAGAUGGCUGGAAGAACAGCAGGCCAGGGACAGAGUCCUACGAGCACAUCACCACAAGAAGGCUCAGCUUGGGCGUAUACAGGACACGCGGACAACUCUGCUCCGCAAGAGCAUGCCCUUACCCGAAGCUCCAUCCAUGUGGAAACUGCCUCGGUUUCAGCAGGUGGGACCAGCUCUGGACACCUUUCGAGAUCCCGAAGCCCGCAAGAAAGCUAUGAUUGCCCACCACUCAGAAUCUGCAAGUAGGAGAGGGAUUCUGGGUCAAGGCACAUACACAGUGGAUUGACAAAGCUUGUAAUUAUUACAUGUACAUCUCAGUGCAUCUGCUUGUCAGGCUUCUCUUUGAUGUAUUCAUCUUGCAAUAAACUACUGAUGCUUAAUAA